UAGUUUUCACAUUAUGACUGCGUAGACGAUGAACAAAAAAACUAAAAAGAAAACCGGACACCUCUCAUUAGUGUUUGACUGCGGUUCGUGUGCCAUGGGAAUACUGACGGGAGCAUCUUUAGAGACUAAUGGACAUUGAGCAAAAUGAUGGCUAAAUUAGUGCUAAAUAUUGACGCAUGGAAAGUUAGUGGCUUUUUUUGGACUUUGCGUAAAAGCGCAAUUUCGAAUGCGAAGUUGUUUUGAGUUUUACUUCAAACUUUUUUUACUUUUUUUUUAACUCUAGUUUUAAAUAAUUGGUUUUACUUUUAAAUCAUGGCACUAUACUAUGCUCUUAUAUUUACUCUAUCGACAAUAUGUUUUCCUGGAAAUAUUUCUGGAGCAGGAUCUUAUGCACGAUACACUCAACAUGUGGAUCAAAGUCAGUCUUUACCAGCUGGAUCUAAGGUGACCAGUAGACAUAGGAACUGGUGUGCCUAUGUAGUGACGCGGACUGUAAGCUGUGUAAUGGAAGAUGGCGUAGAAACCUAUGUGAAACCUGAAUACCAGCGCUGUGCUUGGGGCCAAUGUUCUCAUGUGGUUUUGUAUCGGACUUACAGAAAACCAAGGUACAAGGUUGCCUAUAAAAUGGUGACAGAGUUGGAAUGGAAGUGCUGUCAUGGCUAUUCAGGAGAAGAUUGCAGUGACGGUCCUGGUGGUUCCUCUGUCACACAGGUCAACACAGGGAGAGGUGACAGUGACAAAAUUAGACAACUUGAGGAACAGGUUCAGAGCUUGAAUAAAGACCUUCACAACCUCCAGUCUACUUUACACAUUAUGAAUAAGAAAAUACAUGAUGAGUCCCGAAAGGAAGGCGUUAGUGGUGGAAACAAUCUGGCUGAUGCUGCCCAGCCAGAAAUGAGGGAGACCAUCCACAGCAUUCAAACCAAACUGGAUAUGCUGGACAACAUGACACAAGUCCAUGACAAGACCCUCAUCACCAUCAACAACCACCUUGUGGGUGGUAAUGGUAUUGGAAACGAGCUAGAUGGUCGCUAUGACACCUUGAAAGAGGAGAUUCUCAGGGAACUGGAACGGAGGGUGACGCUGUCCUGCUCAGCAUGCCAAACUGGAGUUGACGGCAUACAGAGACAACAGCAAGAAGACAGAGAGAGGAUCAGAGCUCUGGAGAAGCACAUCAGUGUGAUGGAACAGCACCACCGACAAUCUGUAGAGAUGCUUGAGAGGGAACUAUCACGUUCUCAGAGUUGCUGUGAUUUACUGACUGAUCUAAACAGGAGGGUUGGUGCCAUGGACAGAAAGGUGAGUUCCACUGCAGAAGCAUAUGAUAUUAUUAGAGGACGUCUUGAGAAAGAGUUAAGAGAAACAGGUGGAAAUGGAGGCCGAGGAAAAGCAUUCGAUGAAAAGAUGAAUGGUCGUCUUAAAGACCUGGAGAGAAGACUGAAUGGGACUGUUAGAAAAACAGAGCAAAAAUGCUCCCAUACUGAGACAAGUAUGAAGGAGUUUGUCCAGCGAGAGAUCAAUCAGAUCAAGAACUCUGUUCUCAAUCAAAAUAAUGAUCACAGUCAUAGAAUAUCUACUAUAGAGAGAGAUGUCCAAGUCUUGAGGGAUUCUGUCAAUGAUCACAAAAAUAAUCUUGAAAGGUUGGGAAACAAAACAUCCGAUCUCGACAGCAGGCUUAAAUCGACGAUUUAUUUGUGCACUGAGACAUGCAGUCCAAAAGGGAGUGAGACAGAAGAUACAGUGAAAAGUCUGGAAUGGAAAGUCAUUGCCAAUGAAAAGGACAUUAAGACAUUUGAAACAAAGCUGAAGGACUUAAGUGUGUCUGGUGACUCCUUAAUGAACCGUAUUUUAGAUCUAAGCCAUGAUGUCGAAAAAAUAAAGGAUUUUACAGGGGACAAUGGAGAGCACAUAAACAAAAUUAUCAAAGAUGUGGAGAAUCUGGGACGUGAUUGCAAUGUUUGCAGUUCAAUAGAUGGUGAACUUCAUAAGAUAAGAAACAUAACUAGCAAUGUUUUUAACACAUUCCAGGGAGAAAUUACUGACUUGCGCAUUAAAGUAGACUCUGAUGAAUAUGCUUGCUCGCAGGUAUGCUCAAAUCUGCAGGAGGAAGUGGGUAAACUCAAAGAAGAAGUUGAGAAAUGCACAGAGCAAUGCAAGAGUAGCAUGAUCGACCAUCAGAGUAAAAUAGAUGAUCAAAAUACAAUAACUUACAAACUUGGCAAAGACCUCAAAUCCAUUCAGGGUGAACUCACAAGGACAAUCCAAACAUUCAACUCCAUCAAUGACACUGUGAAAAGUCUUAGUAACACCAUAAAUAGGCACAACAACACUAUUUAUGAUCUUGGAACGUCUAAGGACAAAAUUAACUCUGAGUUAGAUCAGAUCCAAGAGGAUUUGAACAAGCACAUAGAAGACAGUAAAGAGCGCUUUGAUGAUAUUGGGCAUGAUAUCAGUAGCUUUAACAGCAACGUGAUGAACGAAAUAGGUGAAUGCAAGCAUUCUCGAGAUGGGCUUGAGAAGAGGCUCUUGAAAAUGGAGGGUGUCUGCAGCAGACUGGAUUCAUUGUCAGAGAACCUUCAGAGGAUCAAAGAGGGCUUGAGCAAGCACGUAUCUGGACUUUGGACAUGUGUCAGUGGGCUAAACUCCACAGUGAUCUCUCAUGGUGAAGCUAUCAACAGCAUUCAGAACAUUCACAUAGAGAACAUUCAUGGCAUGAUGAACAACCUCAACUCUUCAAUACUACAUGUUCUCAAGGAGUUCCAGACCUUCACUGAACAGGACUUUACUGGACCUCCUGGACCACCUGGUUCAAAAGGAGAGAUAGGAUCCAAGGGGCCACCAGGGCCAAGAGGACCUCCAGGCCGUGAAGGAACACAAGGGAAAGUAGGGCCAAUCGGACCCCCAGGCCUCAUAGGUGAACAAGGACCUCCUGGAGAUGAUGCCAAUGUCCCAAGACUAUCUUUCUCAGCAGCACUUACACGACCACAAGAUAAUGCAGGCACUAUUUUCUUCAACAAGGUCAUGGUCAAUGAAGGAAAUGUAUACAACCCUGAUACAGGUAUGUUCACUGCACCAGUAAAUGGGCGAUACUUUUUCAGUGCCGUCCUGACCGGUCACAAGAAUGUAAAGAUUGAGGCAGUCCUGUCUAAAUCCAAUUAUGGUAUUGCUCGUGGAGAUUCAGCUGGCUAUCAGCCUGAGGGUCUAGAGAAACCCAUGGCCGAAGCAAAACACACUCCAGGUUCCUUGGUCCUCUUCAAUAUCAUACUCCCUAUGCAGGAGGGAGAUACUGUGUGCAUUGACCUAGUCACAGGUAAACUUGCCCACUCUGUGGAGCCCCUUACAAUCUUCAGUGGAAUGUUACUCUAUGAGGACACAGACAUAUUAUAAGAACCAUCGAAGGAGAUGUCAGGUGUAAAAAGUAGUAUGUGGACAACUGGUGAAAAUCCUAUUCAGAGACUUUUUUUAUGAGCAAUUUUACAUAUAUUUUCGGUUAUCAGAACAAUGGACUGAGAUUUUUUUUAUAUAUGGUUACAUUUUGUACGUUUAUUCUUGUCAUGAAGGACAGAUCAUAUUCAUUUAUAUGAAGAGCACAAAUGCAAUUUAUUUUUGUUAACGGCACCACACCGAUAAGUACAUUAUUCCCCUCUCACCUUGAGGCAUUCACCACUAUGCUUGGACACUACAAUACACCUUAAGAAAAUACUUCAAAAGAAGAGAGAGUCAGUUGGCAAACGUAGAUCUGUUAUGAUACUGUGGUGUGGUUUCAUUUUAAAAUUAGUUGAGUUUACAUUCUCAAAGUCUCCAUUCAGGGGUUUUUUCUCCUUGAGAUGAAUGCCAUAAAUAUCACACAUGAUCUUUUCUAUUAUUCCCCAUUUCCUCUCAGUGUUAUUCUUUCAUAUUUGUGGCACAUUUUUUUCACUUACAGUAACCUCCAAAUUUGGAAAAGUAUGUAUAAAUGGACAAGCACAAAUAAAGCAGGCUAUGCUGUAAAGGAACAGUUUUAGACGUUCCAGAGGCUAUAGGUCAGGAAGCCUCUCUAACCCAUGCUUUUGUGACUAUUCCAAAGAAAACCAUCAAAGUUGUUUAAGCUAGAUGCAAAAUGAUUCCAUUCUGGCAAGCUUUUUGUCUUUGGAUUUUUAUUUUCUCCCUUCUCACUGCAGAUUUUUUUCUAAAUGGACUAAUUUUAACAGCUCAAAACCUGUAUCUUUGCCAGAAAUGCAUUUGUGUGACCUGAGCUGUCUUUGUCGUCUAUGCCUGUUUGAUGUUUUCUUUAAUACAAGGGAUUAAAAAGGACUUUGCAUUGAAGAGUGUAGCACUGUGAGACCAAACACUGGCCAUUCAGUCCAUUUCAAACUUCAAAAGAGAGGAAUUCAUUAAAAUGUCUUGAUAAAUAUUACUUCACAAUGUUUCAUUUUGCAGUAAACCAGCUAAUUUGCAUGAUUUGGAAUUGGGACCAGAUUAUAUCAGCUGGUCAUUCAUAACCUGAACCGCACAUUCACAAGCGAUAGUUUCAUGCCCUCCUUACCUCUCAUCACUAGUAUUACUAUGCAGUAUUAUAAUACAGCAAAUAAACUAUUUGACUAUUACACAAUCCAAAAGUCCUCAUAAUUGUUUCAGCCCAUACUUUUUUAAUGAUCACUAAUUUACUGAAAGUACUCAGAGCAUUGACUAUACAAUAUCAUUGCAAUGCUGUUUUUUA